GAACAUGUAAAAAAGAAUUUGCGAAUUUUCAGAACUGUCAAAUACUGUGUCAUUUGGUCGAGAAGAAAAAUCUUAAUGUGCUAGUUUUCCACUAGAUUUGGUAAAAGAAGAAUAAAUACAUAAUCAUAUUUGAGAAUAUUACGUACAAGUGACUGAUAGUGGUUCUAUUAAACGAUUUAUUUUCAAUUCAGCAAAAAAUCUUAAAACGCGAAGCAAGUAUCGUUGACUGCAUUUCGGUAUGUUGAAUAUUGUACAGGUGCUUUCCCAAUAGAUUUGAGCGUAGUAACCAGAAUGCAAUAAUUUCAAGUGGAAACGUGUGCGGCUUAGUGUCUUUAAGAAUAUAAAUCGAGAAAGCACAAGAUAUUUCUACCACGUGUACCCAAACACGAGUGCUGCAGUAUACAUCACUGCUAUAGAUUUGGGUGAAAAUAAUACACAGGAAACAAUUUACAACCGCUCUGAGAAUUGCACAGUCAAUUCAAAGUUUAAGCCAGACAACGAGUAGUGUCAGCUUAGUUGCAUUGCAACGACUAAUUCAAGAAAUUAUCGGUUGGUUGCGAUUUUAAUAGGAAGAUAGAAAAAAGUAUACGAGUUGUGAAAAAAUUAGUAAUAAUUUACAAGCGACUUUACUGCCAAAACGUCGACGAAAAAUACAAGCAAAAAAUCACCAGCAAUUAUUGCUGCUUCAGGCCCGACAGCAGGUGGUCGCCGAUCGAGCAAAGUGGUAACAGUGGCAGCGGCAGCAGCAUCAUCUGCUGCUAAAACAACGGCAACGACGACAACAACGGCGAUUCCAUCGUCAUCAGGUGGUGGUGCAGGCACUGGUGCUGGUGUGGCGUCAGGAACAGGUGGUGCAAGUGGUGGUGGCGGCGGCGGCGGUGCACAUAGUCGCAGUGGACGACGCAGUCAUAGCAGCACUAUACCGCAACAGCAGCAGCAGCACACUAUUAGCAACACCAGAAGCGGCCACAACAUUAAGACUAGUGCGAGCCGCAAUAGCAACAUUCGCAGUUCUUCGUCCAAUAGCACAAUGGCAUCGUCCAAUCACCGUGGUGGCGGAGGUGGUGGCGGUGUUGGCGGUAGUUCGGGCCUGCAAAUUGGCUCGGCGUGGUUUCAACGCAAAAUCAAUUUACGACCACAGCAUCGAGGUGUUCAUUUAGUCACAGAAGAGAUACUCCGACAGAUGCCCGAAUUAGGGCAGUUUUCAGUGGGAUUGUGUCACGUGCAAAUCCUUCACACAUCCGCGAGUUUGGCGUUAAAUGAGAGUUGGGAUCCAGACGUCAGAGACGACAUGGAAAUGAUGUUAAAUAAAAUAGUUCCCGAAGGUCUACCGUACAGGCACUCGUGCGAAGGACCCGAUGAUAUGCCGGCGCACGUGAAAGCCUGCUUCCUCGGCAGCUCAUUGACAAUCCCCAUAACUGAUGGUAAAUUAUCGCUUGGUACAUGGCAGGGCGUUUGGCUAUGCGAGCAUCGCGAUCAAGCGGGUUCACGCAAGCUAGUUAUAACACUGUCUGGGUGUCCGCGUGAGACAGCGCGCAGUCCGCUGUCGCCAGUAUCGCCAAUCGCUUCGACAUCCAGUUAG